CCAAACAUUCUGCGGCAGUCAACUCGCGAUAUCUCAACCUCACUCUUUUCGGGCAUCACUUCAUCAUAGAUCCAGUCUCAGCUUAGACAGACGAGCAUAACUGUCAUUCUCUUCACUUCGAUCCUUAUCGUUCAAACCAGCCCCUUCACUAUUCAUAAUGCGUGACUUUGUCAUCUUCCUCACCGUUUCUGUGGUGCUCUUGCUGGCCGGCGCCGGUCUUGUAGCUGGCAUUCACGACAACUACGUUGCCAGUCACGCUACUUCUACUAAGUCUAUUGCCACACCCCAGACCGACUUCAUAACUCUCACUGGGACCGCCUCCAGGGCCACUCAUUCGAGAUCCUUGUUGCCCCAAGGUACCCUCGUCAUCUCCCCCAUCAAGGCCAACAUCAGAGCAGACUCCAUCUCCGCGAUUUCGGCGAUCCCAACUACCACCAUUAAUUGCAACCACGAAUGGUGUCAGGAUAGCACCUCUCUUUGUGCCUAUUGGGCUGAUAUCACUGGAUGGGAUCCUACUGAAGGCCCGAUUCCGGGCGAGACUGUUACCUCCAUCGGCAAGUGCAGCAUCGUUCCUACCCAGGCUGGAAACCCAAAGCGCGAUGCUGGCAAUGAAAUGCUCAUCACCUCGGCGCCCGCGCCCUCGGUCGACUGCAAAUACAAGUACUGCGACAGCAGAAUCCAGUAUUGUAUGUACUGGGCUGGAGUCACUGGCUACGACCCUUCUCUAGGCCCCAUUCCUGGCAUGACACGUACCUCUCUCGGUGCCUGUCAGGCGCCCCCUACAGCUGUUGACAACGACACUACCGUGCCGACAACUAUGGUGACGAAGACGUGCAAGAGUUCUAACUGAAGGCAAGAAGUCAACAGC